CUUUUUGUAUUGAGGAAUCGCUCUUUGACCUUUUAUUAUUUUAUAUUAUAAGUAAAUGUAAAUACGAUUUGUAUUAGAACAUUCUAAUUAUUAACAAACAUGUCUCUAAAAGAAUUGUAUGAGGCUUAUCGUAAAUGGGUUAUAAAUAACCCGAAUCUGGUGACCGACGUUGAGACUGUAGCAACAUGGUCCUCGUAUUUUAUUGUUGGUAAAAUCAACAAUUCAGCAGUCGUUUCUGAACUUGUUUAUGCAAUUUCCAAACUACUGUCAUUAUUUAACGAUAGAAUAAUAAAAGAAGCUUAUGGCGAUAAAAUGCUAUUCUACGGUCUUCAAGAACAAAUAAAAUUGUGGCUGACAAUUAUUCAUUAUUGUGAAGUGUUUGUUGAAUUAGCAGUAAGAAAUAAAUGGAAAACGAGAGGAAAAUGGACUGUUGCAACAAUCCUCCAAAUAUUCAAAUGUUCAAUGUCCAUGGUACUGCUGUACAGGUUCAAAGAAAUGCCAAUUCACUAUCCUCCAAUACCUAGUUUACAAAGGAAAAAAAUUACAGAAGGAAAUGUUUCUGAUGAGAGUAAUUCAUUCUUUACCCUGCGCAGAUCAGGAAGAGUAGUACGGGGAGUAGAAGGUGCACCAUCUGUAAGUUUGCGUGACUGGCAACCCAUAAAAAUUUGUGACAAUAACUCUUCAUCUAUACUUCAGUCCAAAGAUCUAGAAAAUGCUGAGCUUCUUCACAUUAUUAGACCUCUUGUACAUCUAACGGCAAUGCGAGUUUUUGGAACUAAAUCUUGGAAGCAAUGGGUUGUAGCAUUAGGCCUAGAUGUUGCUAGCUAUAAACUAUAUAAUAAGCAUAUGAAGGAUCUAACCCAGGAACAAAGAUUAGAAGUGAGUAGGCGGAAACUUGGCCUAGUAUUAUAUUUGUUGAGAAGUCCACUGUACAAUAGAUACUCCAAAAAUGUUAUUGAAAGAAUGCUAAAGUUUACUUCUAAUAAAAUGCCAAUCACAUCAUAUGUCAGUGAACCAAUUCUAAAGUAUUUAAAUUACUGGCAAGAAAUUUACUUCUACAUGUGGGCUAUGUAAUUUUAUAGUGUUUUAAAGUUUAAAUAUUAAAGAAGGUAUAUGGCAUUUUCUAAGAUUCUAUUUUAUUAAGUUUUAAAUAAUCAACAUCUUUGAUUAAUAUUAUUGUGAUGUUAUUUGUUACGAAAUAAACAAAUUUGGGUAAUAAAUAAAAUGUAAGAAUGUUUA